AUGUUAGUUUCUCGUGUUGUUGCGGGAGGUCACUUUGAGACACACGACACUUGCCAAUGGCUUCCGGCUGAAUGUACCGUGUCCACUCUUCCCGGAGGCCUUGGAUUCGAUUCCACAGCCGACAUGGCAUCUGUCGGAGGGUCUGACGGGGCAAAGCCAGAAGAAACGACAGCUCCCUCGGACAGUGAGACAGACGAGACGUCCAGCUCGAUUUUCUACAUGAUCGAGGAGGGCGUCCGUAAACGUGUGCAUGCGAGAGCACACAAGUUCUACUCCCCAUCUCGUCAGGCCGGCUCAUCCGGUCAUUCACAGCCACAAACCCUCCUCUCGCUCGCCCCCACGCAUCACCACCAUCACAAACACACACUCGAGUGCCCCAUUCCUGAAUGCAAGUCGCGCAUGUGUCUGGCCAACGGACCGCAGAGGCUGCAGCCGACCGGAGAAGCUCCUGCGGCCGCCGGUACCGGACUCGUGGCUCACACCACCCUAUCCCUGACAGCACUCCCCUCAGCCUCCACGAUGCCGACGGCUUCGUGUCAAGACGUGGCGCCUCCCAGCCCCGGGGAGUUGGCCGAGAUUCAGGUCGUCUCGAACGUCAUGUUGCAGCCGACUCAAGGCGUGUUGGCACCGAUACCAGCCUGUUUCUCAGAGUCACAACAGGACAUUCGUAGUGUACGUUCAUUGUCGCUGAACCCAUUGCGAAGAAAU